UUCACAACAAUGACACUGGACCUCAGCGCCGUGCACUUCUUAGUUUUAAUAGGAGAAAACCCGACUCAUACAUCGAUGUCGACCAGGAUUUAAUUGCUUAAUCAAAACAUGACCCACGCAUCUGUUUAAGAGGGAAUAUUGCAGCAGCCUUUCAAGAUGAAGCGUAUCUUCCUCGUGGAGCCGUUGGUUGCGCUGUACGCUUUCGCCGUUUUUCUCACCUUUCCUCUCUCGCAGCAGUAUGUGUACCGGAGGUUCUGGGUGGAGGUGACAGGGACACCUUAUCCCAUCUCUGACAAUACCUCCAGAUGUAUGGAAAACAUAAACACAAACAGCAGCAGCAGCAGCAACGAUUCCAUUUACCAUGAGGCGGUACAAAGGCUGGCAGCUCGCUUCUCCACUUACACAGUGAUCGCCUCCACCAUCCCCUCUUUGAUUGUCACGCUCUUGCUCGUGACCUAUAGUGACCGGGGAGGACGCAAGAUUGCAAUCAUCAUGCCUUUGAUUGGCAGCUUAAUAUACACCCUGGGCUUACUCACUGUGUCCUACUUUGAGUUAAACAUCUACUUGCUGAUCCUCGUCUCGUUCAGUAGUUCCCUGUUUGGCGGCUUGGGCACAUUUCUCGGUGGCGUUUUUGCCUACAUAGCGGACUUGACUAAGGGUGACCGCGAGAAGACUCUGCGCAUGGGGGGAGUGGAAACGAUGAUUGGCCUGACUUCUGGGGUGGCUGCCAUAUGCACAGGCUACUUUCUGAAAGCUGCAGGCUUUAACUGGCCUUUCCUGACCUCGGCGAUAUUGCAGUUUUUCAACCUUCUCUAUGCAGUUUUCGUCCUGAAAGAGACGGUGACGGCGGCUCCCACCGACUCUGAUCUUUUAAAUGGGUCUCCUCGGCGCUCGGGCGGGAAGCAAAUUUUCUAUGGGGUCUACGACAUGUUUACAAGGGCCAGCCGCAGGGCUCGGAAAAUAUUGGUCCUCCUAACAAUCGUCUUCAUCAGUUUCGCCAUCGCCUAUAUCGGUGCGCUUCCCCUGGUGACGCUCUAUGAGCUGAAUAAGCCACUCUGCUGGAAUGAGAUUUUGAUCGGCUAUGGCAGCGCACUUUCCACCACAGCGUUCAUUACCAGUUUUUUAGGACUGACGGUGUUCACGUGCUGCCGUGUGCCACAGCUGGUCAUCGUCGUGCUAGGGAUCCUGUCCGCCAUGUCCGGCUUGAUCCUGUUGGCCUUUGCCAAGACGACUCUACUGAUGUUCAUGGUGAGGGGGCCAAUGCUUCUGGCCAUGAUGCCUUUCCCCGUUCUGCGCGCCAUGUUGUCGAAGAUCGUCUCAAAGUCUGAGCAGGGAGCCCUGUUUGCAGCCAUUUCCUUCCUGGAAAAUGUGACUACUAAUGUAGCAACCGCAGUUUUCAACAGCAUCUAUUCCGCUACGCUGGAGUGGUACCCUGGCUUCCCCUUCCUCUUGGCUGCAGGACUCUGCACCAUCCCAUUGCUUUUUGUGGGGUUGGUGAGUCGGAUAGGAGUGGAUGUUGCUGAAGAGGUCUUAGUGCAAGAGGCUGUUGAAAAAGAAGAGGAAGACGAGGAUCUCGUUGAAGGCCAGGGCUCUUAGCGUAGCAACCGCCCACCAGAACAAGUCAUUUUCCCCACGUUUUUUCCAAAGGUACCUCAUGGACUGUUAAUAAUACAGUUUACAGAAUAUUUUAGUGUGCGAUUUGUUACAUUUUUAAUAAUGCAUUUUUCUUAUAAUGCAACAGCGAGAUUUUGUUUGGAUGUAGCGCAGUGACAAGAUGUUACGUGAUGUGCUUCCAAAGUAAGGUCUUCCACGAAGACUGGUAUAACUCCUUGCACAUUUAUAGCCACUAAAUGGCCUGGCUGGGAAAUUACAAACUCAAUUUAAAUGUGUAUUUUACAAUGACAUUAUGUGCACUUCUCAAAUAUUUUUUUGAUCAGUCAUACAUUUUUAUUGCAAUGUUUGUUUAUGCCUUCACGAAGCUCCACGGGAGCUGAAUAAUGUGUACUAUGGUUCAAGUAACUGGGAACAAUGGAAAUGUAUAUAUAAUGCACAAUGAAGGGUGGUUUAUUAAAUGGGACAGAUAUGACAGAAUUAGUUCUAAACUGUGCCACACUGAGUAAGUUAAAGCAGAGGGACACUCUAGGUAUGAUAUGUUGUUGUUUUGUAACCCCAUUCAAAGUAUUCUAUCACAAGUAGAAUUGCACACACGGGGAUGAAAUUGGUGUUUUUCUUUUUUUUUUUUUUUGGGAAGUUUAUUUAAAAAGGGCAAAUAUGACACUUCUUUUUUUCACUUGUGGUUUUUAACCUUGUUAAAUUUCUUUGUGGAAAUGCAAUACAAUCAAUUAAAUGUUGUAUUGUUUAGCAACUCCAAAACAAAGAGGACCAUUACUUGAGUCUUUUGUGGAACAUCCUCUCUCUCUCGAGUUUAUUUGGCCUGGUCUUUAUUUUGCUUGCUAACAUCACCACUCAUGAUUUGUGCGGUUUCUUCAACAGGACUUCUCCUUUGCCAUUAUUUUGCCAGGUUAUCUUUGUAGAAACCAAAUCGAGUUCUAUUGACGUAUUGCGCUUUUAAGAAAAUUAUGUGCAUCUUUCAUGCCGUGAAGGACAUUUAAGUCCUAACUGGGAAAAUAAGCAAGUGUUAACUAUCAAUUUUUGCACAUUUUCUCUGGUUGUAAAAUUUCAGAUGAACUCUCCAAGUGUUUAAAUUUCGUUGCCGUAUCCUGGUACGAGUAUGUAACCGAACUCUUUCCAAAGAAAAUAAUAAACUGAUCAAAGUUUCCUCUCA